GAGAGUGUUAGAGAGAUACUGUUGCUCGACUACAACUAUGUGUUUGCUAGGACAGGAUCUACCGACCAACUGAGGGCUGUAACACUGCGGGCCACUUGUGCUGGCUUGACCGUACCGCGUGGUAUGGAAAUAUCACAAAUUUUCCGCUCUGGAAUUGUGGCCGUUGAUAAAAGGAAAUAUGCCGCCGAGAUUGUUCAUUUCUUCGGGGUUCUUCGUGAGUUGCGUUGUCGCCUAUUGCUGCGGCAUAAGUUUUCCAAGUAAUAUCAACAUAGGCGGGCUCUUCCCCACCGGCUCGCACGAAUAUGAGGUGUUCCGCUUCGCCCUCGCGCAUCACAACGACAUCCCCAAGCUCGUGCCUCAGGUGGACAUGGUGGACGUGGGCAGUAGCUUCGCCAUGACAUAUGCUUUCUGUUCCCAGUUUGCCAAGGGCGUGUAUGCCAUCAUGGGCCUGUACGACCAGCGGACGGUCAACAUGCUCAUGUCCUUCUGUGGCUCUCUGCAUGUGUGCUUCGUGACGCCCUCCUUCCCCAUCCACACCAACAACCAGUUCAUGCUGCAGCUCCGGCCCCAGCUGCAGGAGCCCCUCAUGGCGCUGGUGGAGCACUUCAGCUGGACCCGCUUCGUCUACAUGUACAGCUCCGACUCAGGUCUGUCCGUCCUCCAGAGGAUCUUGGACACUGCGGCGGAGCGCAGCUGGCAGGUGACCUCGGUGAACCUGGACACGCUGACGGAGGCGGCCUUCGUCAAGCUGCUGCAGGACCUGGAGUACAAGAAGGACUACCACGUGGUGCUCCACUGUGAGCUGGAGAGACUCAACUCCAUCCUCAACCUGAUUGCAGCUCAGAAGAGGACUCUGAAAAACUACCAUUAUAUACUCGUCAAUCUGGGCUUCCAGGACCUGAACUUCACAGCCUUCCAGUCGCUGGGGGCCAACGUGACGGGCUUCCAGCUGGUGAACACCUCCGACCCGGCUGUGGAGAAGCUCAACCAAGAGUGGCUCGACUUCGACAGCAAAGACAUCAAGCAGAACCGCAGAAGGCUGAAGUACACAGGGGCUUUAACCUAUGAUGGUGUCAGCGCCAUGGCGACAGCCUUCCAGAAUCUUCGGAAGCAGAGGAUAGAUAUCUCUCGGCGGGGGAACGCAGGGGAGUGCCUGGCCAAUCCCCCAGCCCCCUGGGGCCAGGGGAUCGACAUACAGAGGGCUCUGCAGCAGGUGCGUCUGGAGGGCCUCACAGGCCACGUCCAAUUUGAUGAGCGAGGUCAUCGUUCCAACUUCACCCUGACAGUUAUGGAGCUCAGCCACACUGGGCCCAUAAAGGUCGGUUACUGGAACGAGAACGAGAAAUAUGUCAACACUGUAGUCUACGUUCCAGUAGUGGAGGAAUUCUACGGUCUGCAGAAUAAAACCUAUGUGGUUACUACUAUACUGGAGCCCCCGUAUGUGAUGCUGAAGAAGAACCACGAGCAGCUGGUGGGGAACGACCGCUACGAGGGCUACUGCGUGGAGCUGGCCUCGGAGAUCGCCAAGCACGUGGGCUUCAACUACCGCCUGGAGCUGGUGGGCGACGGCAAGUACGGCUCCAGGGACGCCGAAUCCAAGAUGUGGAACGGCAUGGUGGGGGAGCUGGUGUACGGGAAAGCCGAUGUGGCGGUGGCUCCCCUGACCAUCACCCUGGUGCGUGAGGAGAUGAUAGACUUCACCAAGCCCUUCAUGUCCCUGGGCAUCUCCAUCAUGAUCAAGAAGCCCACCAAGUCCAAGCCGGGGGUCUUCUCCUUCCUGGACCCGCUGGCCUAUGAGAUCUGGAUGUGCAUCGUGUUUGCGUACAUCGGAGUCAGCGUGGUGCUGUUCCUGGUCAGUCGUUUCAGUCCAUACGAGUGGAAGGGCGAAGACGAUGAUGAUGAAGACGAGCAGCAAGCUGGAGCCAGCCCCUCUUCCCGACAUGCCGCUAACAACUCCUCCUCAGAACACGGACAAUCGCAUGGCUACUCCCAGUCCCAGGCACAGCCCCAGACCAGCGGCCAGAACCAGCAAAAGGAGAAGGAGGCAGGAGAAUACACCAAUGAGUUUGGGAUCUUCAACUCUCUCUGGUUCUCCCUGGGGGCCUUCAUGCAGCAGGGCUGUGACAUCUCCCCCAGGUCUCUGUCGGGUCGCAUCGUUGGGGGGGUGUGGUGGUUCUUCACCCUCAUCAUCAUCUCCUCCUACACGGCCAACCUGGCGGCCUUCCUCACCGUGGAGAGGAUGGUGUCCCCCAUCGAGAGCGCAGAGGACCUGGCCAAGCAGACGGAGAUCGCCUACGGAACCCUGGAAGGAGGCUCCACCAAGGAGUUCUUCAGGAGGUCCAAGAUCGCGGUGUUCGAGAAGAUGUGGUCGUUCAUGAAGAGCGCCGACCCCUCUGUGUUCGUCAAGAGCACCAACGAGGGCAUGACGCGCGUGCGCAAGUCAAAGGGCAAGUACGCCUACCUGCUGGAGUCCUCCAUGAACGAGUACAUCGAGCAGCGGAAACCCUGCGACACCAUGAAGGUGGGCGGGAACCUGGACUCCAAGGGCUACGGCGUGGCCACGCCCAAGGGAUCCCCUCUCAGAAACCCUGUAAACUUGGCAGUGUUAAAACUGAACGAGCAGGGCCUGUUGGACAAAUUGAAAAACAGAUGGUGGUAUGACAAGGGAGAGUGCGGCACCGGGGGAGGGGACUCCAAGGAUAAGACCAGUGCCCUGAGCCUCAGCAAUGUGGCCGGAGUGUUCUACAUUCUGAUUGGCGGGCUAGGGCUGGCCAUGUUGGUGGCACUGGUCGAAUUCUGCUACAAAUCCCGCGUCGAGUCUCGGAGAAUGAAGGAGCUGAUCGACGCGGCCAUGAUGAGCGUCAGCAUGGGUAGAGGGGCGGCGGGUGGGGGCAUGGGUGGAGGGGUAGCGGGCGGUGCCUUCAUCCAGGGGGGGGAGAACGGACGCUUGGGGGCGCUGGACUACCAAAAGAUGGGGCCUCAGACCCUCCCCUGCAUGGGCCAGGGGGCGGCCGGCCUGGGCAUCAACACCACCGGCAUGUGAAGAGGUGACACGACCAGCCCUCCGCCGACAACCACACCCUCAUCCGUCUCUCAAGUGUCUUACUCUGUGUGUGCGUGCGUGCGUGUGUGUUUGAAUGGAGGCAUGGCUGAGGAAAAACGAUCGGGUGGUUCAAAGUGGAGCACUGUGUAUAUUGUGUAUUCACGAUGACUAACGUACGGACAGACUCCACAUGGGGUCCCAGUGGAGAGGGGACCUGAACUGGGAAGAACACGGAUCAAUCUAAACGGCGCAAAUGAGCAGUGUCGAACUGCGUUGUCCGAUUCAGCUGCGAGAGCUGUUUGAACUAACUUCUCCUUCUGCAAUAAGUUCACAGUCCAGGUACAAGUGGAGCUCCUUUUCCUGUCGUCCUGUUGUGUCUUUCUCUUCUUUUGUUUUGCUUCCUGUGUCCUGCUCAUUACCGGUACAUUGGGAGAUCCCGCCCUUCAAUGGCAGGUUCACUUAAGCUCAACAUCACUGACGUUUGCCAACGCGACUGCAAAGUGUGUGUGUGUGUGUGUGUGUGUGUGUGUGUGUGUGUGUGUGUGUGUGUGUGUGUUUGUGUGGGUGCAUGCUUGCG